UUGGUAAACCUGGCGCCGAAUGCGCGCCGUGAUGUUGGUACAUCGUGCGCGGGCUGCGUCCCGCGCGUUCCCGCCUUUUUACAAAUAAAAUUAGUGUGCAAUAGACUAGCGUGUUUAAUUGACGUACUGCGUUGUUCCCUGUUUCCCGCGCAAAUACAUAACAAGUGGCGACGAGCGGACUCAUAUAUCGAAAUAUGAACACGGGAGCGACUUUUGGCGUUCUUACAACAUUUGACCACUCAUCACAAGAGUGGAACAACUUUAAGUUGCGAUUAGAACAAUGGUUUAUCGCUAAUAACAUAAAUUUUGAAACCGACAAAGCAACCAUCAAGCGUCGGGCGAUACUAUUAACGUCAUUAUGUGAAUCAACGUUCAAACUCACUAGUGACCUGGCGUUACCGAACAAGGUGGAAGAAUUGGGUUACGACGCGAUCGUAAAACUACUCGACAGCCAUUUCACACCAAAAAGGUUCGGGUUUGCAGAGAAGUCGAUUUUCUAUGCAGCAAGUCAGCGACCAGGCGAAACGCACACUCAAUGGGCGGCAAGAAUUAGAGGAUUGGCAACUCACUGCGCAUUCAAAAAUUUGGAGGAAGCUUUACUGGACAAAUUCAUCAUGGGCAUGUCACCGGGACGUGAGCGUGACAAGUUGUUCGUGCAGGAUCAGAGGGAGCUGACUCUCGCAAAGGCGAUCGACUUGGCGGAGAGCGUGCGGUGUGCACGCCAGGCGUCGGCGAUGCCGGCGGCGGCGGCGGCCGGGCCGGCCGCGGCAGCCGCGGAUGGCGUCUUCAGUAUCUCCAAGAAAGAGAAGUGCAGUGUGUGUGGUUUCACCAACCAUAAAUCCAAUCAGUGCCGGUAUAAAAAUUUCAAGUGCAAAAAGUGCAAUAGUAAAGGUCAUUUGCGUAAAAUGUGUCCUAACGAGGGCAAAGUGAAAUACGUCGAACAAGGUACGGUGGACGACGGUGACGACGACGGUGAGUGUUUUUAUAAUAUUCGGUGCACAAAAGGGAAACCCAUGACAGAGCGAGUGACGGUUAGUGGUCUAGCCUUGGAGUUCGAGAUUGAUAGCGGUUCAGCAGUAAGCGUAAUUUCGGAAAGAACUUACAACUCGAAUUUUAAGCAGUUGCCAUUGUCAAUCACUAAAAAACGACUGUAUAGUUAUACUGGGGAAAACAUCGUAGCUAUUGGAGUUGUUUUGUUGCCUAUAUCAUACUUAGGUCGCACACAUACACUUAACGUGUACGUAGUGCGCGCAGACGGGCCCCCGCUACUAGGCCGCGACUUUAUUCGUGAGUUCAACCUCGAGCUAGCGCCGGCAACGGCGGCGGCAGCGGCGGAACCCGCGGCUGCGCGCGUGCACGUCGUGUAUCAGCAAACGCCUUGCGAGUCUAAUAUAAGUAUUGAUAAGGAGCUUUGUAAAAUGUUUCCUAAAGUUUUCUCAGGUAAUCUCGGUUCGUUUAACAAAUAUAAGAUUGACUUACAUUUAAAACAUGAUGCUCACCCAAUUUUUUUUAAGGCGAGACCGGUGCCCUAUGCUCUAAGAGAGAAACUAGACGGGGAGCUCGACCGAUUAUUAACGUUAGGCAUUUUGAAGCCCGUCGAACACUCAGACUACGCGUCGCCCGUUGUGCCCGUGCUUAAGAAAAACGGUAGCAUCAGACUUUGUGCCGACUACUCAGUUACAAUCAAUAAACAAUUGGUAAUUGACAAAUAUCCUUUGCCAACGGUAAAUGAUUUAUUAGCUAAGCUACACGGAGGCAUACAAUUUAGUAAAAUAGAUUUAUCUAUGGCAUAUAAUCAAUUUAUUUUAAAUGAAAAAUCGCAAAUGUUAACAUGCAUCAAUACUCAUCGCGGCCUUUUUAAAUUCACGCGAUUAGUGUUCGGUUUGUCUAGCGCACCAGCCAUUUUCCAACGCGCAAUGGAAUGUUUACUUUCAGGGAUUGAAGGAAUCAUCUUUCUUUUGGACGAUAUUCUGAUAACGGGCUCAAAUAGACACCAACACGAACAAAGACUCACUACAGUUUUGCAACGCUUAGAUGAUGCAGGGUUAACGGUACAAAUGAGUAAAUGUGAAUUUUUUAAAGAUGAGAUUUCAUACCUAGGACAUGUCAUAGAUAAACACGGAGUCAGAAAAUCGCCAGACAAAGUCAAGGCAAUUUUGCAAGCUCCUAAACCGACAAACAUAACACAGUUACAGUCAUUUUUAGGUCUAACGAAUUAUUACCGUAACUUUGUGCCAGACGCGUCAUCGGUAUUAAGUCCAUUAUAUGAUUUAUUAACUAAAAAUACGAAGUGGGAAUGGACUCGUAGGCACAAUGACGCGUUUGUCCGAAUAAAAAACAUUUUAGCAUCUGAUAGAACCUUGGCACAUUUCGAUCCAAAUGCUAAGUUAAUACUGACGGUGGACGCAUCACCGACGGGACUAGGUGCGGUACUGUCGCAAGUAGGUUCGGAUGAAUUAGAACGGCCCAUUUCGUACGCUUCCCGAACGUUAUCACUAGCGGAAAAAAACUACGCACAAAUUCAAAAGGAAGCGACUGCGAUCAUUUUUGGGGUUAAAAGGUUUCAUCAGUACCUGUAUGGCCGUUCGCAGCCUUUCGUGCUCAGAACUGACCAUAAACCACUGCUGGCUAUAUUUGGGCCCUAUAAAGGUAUUCCCGAGGUAUCCGCUAACCGCCUACAAAGAUAUGCUAUAUUUCUAGCCGCAUAUAAUUACGUAAUUGAGUACAUUAGUAGUAAACAAAAUAGUGCAGAUUAUUUAUCUCGCGCGUACAGCGGCGAGAACGAGACUGAAACAGCGGACGAGUUCACGGAAUGCGAGGACCGCGCAGCUUACGUGAAUUUCGUGGUAGACGGCGAUCUCCCUGUCACGUUAAACGAUUUGCGACGAGAAACAGCUCGCGACACUAACCUGACUACUAUUAAACGGUAUGUGUUAAACGGGUGGCCUAGGAAGGUUAGUGACGCUGUGUUACAACCAUUUUUCAAUUGUCGAACUCAGUUAUCUUACGAAAAUGGUAUAUUUAUGCGAGGACAUAAGGUAGUUAUUCCUCCGACUUUACAAGAAAAUGUAUGUAAGGAAUUGCAUAGUUCGCAUUUCGGCGUUGUGAAGAUGAAGGCAGAGGCUCGCAAGCGGUUGUGGUUCCCCGGCGUGGACGCGGCGCUGGAACGAGUGGCGGGUGCGUGCGCGGUGUGCGCGGCGUUGCGCCCCGCGCCGCCGCACGCCCCCCUCGCGCCUUGGCCGCUGCCGCCGCAACCGUUUUACCGAAUUCAUAUAGAUUUCUUGGGGCCGUUUCACAACUACAUGUUUUUAAUUAUUGUAGACGCAUACAGUAAAUGGGUCGAGUGUUAUAGUAUGGCAUCAACCCAUAAUUCAAAGGCAGUCAUAAAUAAAAUAAACGAUUUUAUGUCGCGGUUUGGUAUUCCACAGAUUUUAGUGAGUGACAAUGGCACAUCGUUUACAUCAUUCGAGUUCCAAGAGUUCUGUAAGCUUAACGGUAUCGAACACUUGUUAUCACCUGCGUAUCACCCGGCCAGUAAUGGACAAGCCGAAAGUUUUGUUAAAAUUGUAAAAAAGGGGCUGAAGGCUAUAAUUUUACAAGGGUGUAACAAAGUAACGAUAUACGAUAAAAUUGCAAAGUAUUUAUUCGAUUAUAGGAACUCCAAGAAUAGUACCACUGAAAAGUCACCCGCAGAGUUAGUGUUUGGGCGUUCGUUGCGCUCACGGCUUGAUCUAUUGAACCCUUUCGCACCGUCUUCGUCAUCGACGUCCACAGACCUAACACAAACCGUCGCGCGUAAGCAGUCCUUACAGGCUAAACACUACCGAGGUGUACAAAGACCAGACUUCAAAGAAAACGACCUUGUCUGGAUAACCAAAAAUACUAACAAUAACAAAGUCAGUUGGCUCGAGGGAAUAGUUAAGAAAAAAAUCGGCAAUAUUAUGUACACUGUGUACGUGCCGCAGUUAAAUGGCGAGGUCACCAGACACAUGGACCAAAUAAGAAAAAGACAUCAGUGUACAUUAGUACCAAAGCCAACCGGUGAAGACCAAGACUGGGACUCCGACGUGAUUCCGGAUGUAACGUCGCCUGCUACCGACCACCCCGAGCCUACUUCACAACCAGUGAGGGGAGGAGAGGCGACAACUGUCGCAGUACCAGCUACGGCGAUGCCGGCCGCACCGGGUACAGACCCCACGCCGCCCGGCACGCCACCGGAGACCUCGCCGCGCAGCCCCCGCGCCGUUUCGCCCCUCAGGCGAAGGGCAAUUAGCCCAAUAUUCUCGACACCUUAGUCGAACUAGAGUAAAGUUUAGUUUUAUUUAGUAGAUUAAGUUAUAAUUUAAGUAGAUAGGUAAAGAGUAUAUUCCCUAUCUAAGAGGGGAGAGAUGUUAGGUUGGUAAACCUGGCGCCGAAUGCGCGCCGUGAUGUUGGUACAUCGUGCGCGGGCUGCGUCCCGCGCGUUCCCGCCUUUUUACAAAUAAAAUUAGUGUGCAAUAGA